AUGUCACAAAAGUCCAAAGAUCCAUCCUCCGCAACACGCAUCCGCGACAACCAGCGGCGCUCGCGGUCCCGCCGCGCCGCGCACCUGCAGAGCCUCCAGCAGCGCGUGCAGGAGUUUGAGCGCCAGGGCGUGGCCGCGACGCUGGAGAUGCAGCAGGCGGCGCGCAAGGUGUCGCGGGACAAUGUGAGAUUGCGCGCGCUGCUGGCGAUGCGGGGGGUUGGGGCUGAGGAAGUGGAGGCUUGGUUGAGGGCGGGUGAGGAUGGUGAUGGUGAUGUGGGGAUGGAUGUUGUGUCACGGGAAAGAUGUGCGACGGGGGUUCAGCAUAGGGGGAUUGGAGUGGAGGGGAGUGGGUUGGAAGGGGGUGCAGAGGGUGGGUAUCAAGUUCAAAGUCGACAUGGUUGUGGUCGUUCGAGUACGGAUGUCCAGUCUCGACGUACACCAGAACCACAAAGUAACGACAUCGCGGCUCCAGUCCCUCAUAAUGCACCACCACAACCCUCUUCACCACCGACCACCUCCACCGACCCAUCACCAGAAGACUGCCCAACAACACUAACAUGCUUCUGCCCCCCUCCACCUGCCCCCUCCACCACCACCAUCACAACCACCUCCACCUCCUCAGGCCUCAACAUCUCCUGCGAAGCCGCAGCCGUCAUCAUCGCGCAGAUGCGCGGCGGCGAUGGAAACGCAGACGACGAGGCGAUCCGCGCGGCGCUGGGGUGUCGCGGCCGGGAGACGUGCACGGUGAAGAACUCGACUGUGCUGCAGAUUAUGGAUGGGGGGUGA